ACAAGGCGCCAAUGGAGCAAUGUCUCCUCGAUCUAUGGUUUUUGAAUAUAAAAAAAAAUAUAUAUAAAAAAAGGGUAAAGGAUUUGCGUAAGACUGCUGGUGGAAGAAGUGGUGAAUAUCAAAAGCAAAGUUUAUUGUCUUUAGAUUAAUUGAUUUCUCGUAGAUGUUGUGGUGUAUCGGCAAAUGGUUGUUCCGAAAUUAGAGGUUAUUCGGAUGAGAAUCAGACUUCACUGUCGCUCCCCUUCAGUCCAAACAAAGCUGACCAAAAUAAAUUCACCACCAGUACUGCCAAGAAACUUCCCAACAGUCAGCUGCAACGCCAAGAUAUAUAAAAUAUAUUAUUAGAGAAUGGGGAACAAGAAUGGGGGAUCUGAAUAGGAUAGAACGACUUUUCGGCACUCUAGAAAGAUGCUGUAAUGCUCAAAGAACAGUGAAGGGUGAUGAUACAGAACAAAGCGAAACGAAUGAAGUCAGUGUUGAAACUUUUCCACUGAAUAAUGGUGGAGAAGAGAGAAAGUUUUACUGGGGAAGAGCACAAAGAUUCACAUGUCGACUGAUCUUAUUUUAUUGCUUUUUUCCUCAAGGCUGACAAUGUACCACCAAAGUAGGCUUCACUUCCCCAUGUAAAGCGUGAGAUUGAAGGAUAUGCUCUUGCAUACCUAGAUACUGAACGGGGGCAGGGUAAAUUUGUUGUCAUUGUGUGGUUGUAGACUCGUAGUUCAGCGAGUAGUACAAAGAACUACUCCGUAAGCUUCAGAACUGGAUCCUCUUGUGGAUUCUCCUGAUAUUAAAAGCAUGGCAUAGCACCCCUCCCUUCUUCCGUCGUCUCC